GGAUUCCCGAAACUAAAGACACUCUCUGAAGGAGCACAUAACAAACAACUGUAUCAAGACCCUGUGGAUAGCCUUAGCGGACAACGGAAGCAACUGGGCAAACAGACCCGAGGACCUUUCACCCUGAGCCAAUACAGCGAAACAUCCAACAAUGCAUCUGAAGCGUCAUCUGCUGACUCUGGCCGUUGUUGUGAUCGUGUACUCCCACUACAGUAGUGCAGAAAACCCCUGCUGUUCCUUCCCUUGUCAAAAUGGUGGCAUCUGCAUGACCACUGGUCAUACUUCCUACACCUGCGACUGCACAGGGCUGGAAUACUAUGGAGACAGUUGCGAACAUCCCACAUUCUGGAAGAAGGUGAAGCUAAUGCUGAAGCCGGAUCCCGAGCAACUCCAUCACAUACUCGUCAACUACAAAUGGCUGUGGAGCAUCAUCAACAAUGUUUCGUUUCUCAAGAACGCCGCCAUGAAGCGAGUGUACACAAUGCGUUCUCACAUGAUCGACAGUCCCCCUGUGUUUGAGUCUGACCAUGAAUAUGCAACGUUUGAUGCCGUCGGCAACUACUCCUACUACACGCGAACACUACCCCCGGUGCCACGAGACUGCCCGACUCCCAUGGGGGUCAAAGGCAAGAAGACCAUGCCCGAUGUGGACUACCUCGUACAGAAGUUCUUCAGACGGACUAAGUUUCUCCCAGAGCCCAUGGGUAGCAACGUCCUCUUCUCCUUCUUCGCCCAGCACUUCACCCACCAGUUCUUCAAGACGGACCUGAAGAUGGGGCCUGGCUUCACGUGGGGCGGCCAUGGGGUUGAUGUCUCACAUGUUUAUGGAAAAGAUAAAGCAAGUGAAAAUUUAUUAAGAAGUUUUAAAGAUGGAAAGAUGAAAUCACAGAUGAUGAAUGGGGAGGAGUUUCCCCCCUACCUGAAAGACGCCCCGGUACCCAUGACCUACCCCCCAAACACACCCGAACAUCUCAAGUUUGGCCUGGGACACGAGUUCUUCGGUCUUCUGCCUGGCCUGUUCAUGUACGCCACAGUGUGGAUGCGCGAACACAACCGGGUCUGUGAUGUCUUGAAGCAGGAGCAUCCCGAGUUCGAUGAUGAACGACUCUUCCAAACAACAAAGUGGAUCAUUCUAGGUGAAACGAUCAAGAUUGUGAUAGAAGACUACGUACAGCACUUGAGCAACUACAACUUUGAACUAAUGUUCAAGCCGGAUCUGUUGUUUGGGGAGAGCUUCCAGUACCAGAACCGUAUCGCUGUGGAGUUCAACCAUCUGUACCACUGGCAUCCCCUCAUGCCAUCGGAGUUCAACGUCAGCGGCAGCAUCAUACCCAUGAAAGACUACGUCUACCACUCGGAGCUGGUUAUGAAAACUGGCCUCGCAAACUUUGUAGAUUCGAUGACCAGACAGAGAGCUGGAAUGGUUGGCCCUCACAAUCAUGGUGCUAUGACGCAGCACGUGUUAAAACAAGCAAUUCUUCACGGGAGGACACUUCGCUUCCAGUCGAUGAACCAGUACAGGAAGAGAUUUGGAAUGAAAACAUACACAAGUUUUGAAGAAUUAACAGGUGAAAAGAAAAUUGCGAAGGAGUUAGAAGAACUAUAUGGCGAUAUCGAUGGAAUGGAGUUCUAUGUUGGACUUUUGUUAGAGAAAAGAAGAGAAAAAGCCUUAUUUGGUGGUGCUUUUGUGGAAAUUGGAGGACCAUAUUCCGUAAAAGGACUCAUGUCAAACGCGAUUUGCAGUCCCAAACACUGGAAACCAUCUACAUUUGGUGGACAGACAGGGUUUGACAUUGUGCAAACAGCUACGCUGAAGAAACUGUUCUGUCAAAACAUCAAAGGACCUUGUCCGUAUAUCUCAUUCCGGGUGCCAGAUUAUGUGGAGGGGGACGUGGAUGAGGAAUUGUUGUCAUGCCAACACGGAUGUCAUCAAGAAUUGUAGGCCUUGGUUUGCAUCCAACUGUUUUUCAGGGAAUUUUGUAAUGAAAUGAUGAGUGAAUGUAUACUGUUGGUGUGACAGAUGUUCAUUACCAAUUGAAGUUGUGUAAACGUUAAAAUAUUUACACAAAGCAAAAAACAAAAUUAAAAAUAAUCAUAAAAAAAGAUACUAGAAUUUGUAAUGAUACUGGGAUAAAAGAAAACAUUAACUUAGUGAAUGUUGAACAAACCACAAGCUGUACAGCUAGUAAAACAGAUGUCUUGCCAAAUAUCAUAAGUUAUACUGUUUUCCUGAGUGCAUAUAUUACAGUAUCAGGUACAUUCCGUAUGUCAUACAGCUUUUACUGCCAGAAUGUGUUAAAAAUGUAAUACUCCAUCACAGGUGUGUGAAUAAGUUGUAGUGAAAGUACUAUGAAUUCUGAAACAUUCACAAAAUAAGGUUCCAUUGCUUGUUCGAGGAGAAACUACUUGUACAAAAUUAACCCAAACAUGUGACAAAUAUUUCACCAACAAUUGUCUCACCUGAAGCAGCAUAAAGCAUAUAAAGAAGACAAUGUUUUAGGUGUAUUUCUGCAAGUGUUCAAUGUUCAUGCUCACCGUUUCGUCUUUGUGUGCUUGUGUCGAUCUACAAUGUGGUUGUUAUUUUCUGUUUUUACUUGGCUUCAUUAUCCCAAUUUGCAGCCUUAGUGUUCCUGUUUACCGGUAAUUUCCAGUUUUUUACUGGUAAAAUUAGGCUCAGACCGGUAUUUCAUGUGACUGCCAGUCCCUGUGGACCGGCAAAUAAAGUACCUUAUAAAUCGUUGUUGUUGAACAAAACAUUGGCAAUAUUCAUAAAAAUACACUUUUCGAAUGAAGUCAGCUUGUCUGUUACUAUCAGGGUUUCCCCUUGUCUAUUUUCAGUGCAAGGAAACAUUUUGCUUUGCUUCGAGGUUAUAUAUAUUUGUAGCGACAGCCUCGAAAUAGUAGAAAAAGAAAAAAAUAGAAAAUUGUGACUGAACUUUGUGUGAAUGAUGUGUAGAUCUAACUAAGUUACUUCAGAGAUGACAUCAUUGCAUUGAACAAGACGUUGAAAGAAGUAAGACCAGAUAUUUUGUAUAUGUUUGUUCAUGUGUUGAAAGUUGAGACUGGUAAUUUUUAGAGUUGCCAGUCCACCAGGACUGCCAGUUUCAAAAGUCUGCGGGAACAGUGAGCCUGUGUGUAAAUAAGAUCAUCCAUUGUUGAAAUAUUUAUUUAUGAUCAUAAACAUGCUAAAUGGGCAAUGUUCUGUUAUACAAUGUUGUGACUUGUUUGGGGGAAGCGUAACAAUGGGCAUUCAAUCAUCCUCAUCAUAUUUAUUUAAACCCAUGAAGCCAUUUCGCCAACAUUACUGGAUGAUUUUUUUAUUUAUUCCAAAUAUAUAUACUAUGAAAGAUUUAUACAUGGUUGUUCCCUUAAGACUACUAUUGUAAUUAGCAAAGAGAAUAUCAAACUUCUGUUCCCAUGUAUUAGUGUUUGUUUGUUUGUUUGUUUGUUGUUUAACGCCGCACUCAGCAAUAUUCCAGCUAUAUGACGGCGGUCUGUAAAAUAAUCGAGUCUGCAAAUGAGCAUCAUGAGCAUCGAUCAACGCAA